CCCAAAAUACACCGCUUGGGGGGUUGUUGGACUCCGCAUUUUCCCUUUAAAUAUGCACCCAUGGAUCCAACUACGGACUCGCACAGCUUGAGGGAAGGUCUUUGGUCCGUCUCACUUUCAAAGCAAACACAAAUACAAUCUCUCCCUCCCUUCCGAGCUAGAAAGAAAUGGAGUCCUUCCUGUUCACCUCCGAAUCAGUGAACGAGGGUCACCCAGACAAACUCUGUGACCAGAUCUCUGAUGCAGUCCUUGACGCAUGCCUAGAACAGGACCCCGAUAGCAAGGUGGCCUGUGAGACUUGCACCAAGACCAACAUGGUCAUGGUCUUCGGAGAGAUCACAACCAAAGCCAAUGUGGACUACGAGAAAAUCGUGCGUGAUACUUGCCGAGCCAUUGGGUUUGUCUCAGACGAUGUGGGUCUUGACGCGGACAACUGCAAGGUCCUUGUCAACAUUGAGCAGCAGAGUCCUGAUAUUGCUCAGGGUGUCCAUGGCCACCUAACCAAGAGGCCUGAAGAGAUUGGUGCUGGUGACCAAGGCCACAUGUUUGGCUAUGCCACCGACGAGACCCCUGAAUUGAUGCCACUGAGCCAUGUGCUUGCCACCAAGCUUGGUGCUCGCCUGACCGAGGUCCGCAAGAACGGCACGUGCCCGUGGCUUAGGCCAGAUGGGAAAACCCAAGUCACUGUUGAGUAUUACAAUGACAAGGGCGCCAUGGUUCCGAUUCGGGUACAUACCGUGCUCAUCUCUACUCAGCACGAUGAGACUGUUACCAAUGAUGAGAUUGCGGCUGAUCUCAAACAGCAUGUGAUCAAGCCUGUGAUUCCGGAGAAGUAUCUUGACGAAAAGACCAUCUUUCACCUUAACCCAUCAGGCCGAUUUGUCAUUGGCGGCCCUCAUGGUGAUGCUGGCCUCACCGGUAGGAAGAUCAUCAUUGACACUUAUGGUGGAUGGGGUGCUCACGGUGGCGGUGCAUUUUCUGGAAAGGAUCCGACUAAGGUGGACAGGAGUGGUGCAUACAUUGUUAGGCAGGCUGCUAAGAGCAUUGUGGCCAAUGGACUUGCGAGGAGGUGCAUCGUGCAAGUCUCUUAUGCCAUUGGAGUUCCUGAGCCUUUGUCGGUUUUUGUCGACACUUACGGAACAGGAAAGAUUCCCGACAAAGAAAUCCUCAAGAUUGUCAAGGAGAGCUUCGAUUUCAGGCCCGGUAUGAUCUCAAUUAAUCUUGAUCUCAAGAGGGGAGGCAAAGGCAGGUUCUUGAAGACAGCUGCAUAUGGACAUUUUGGCAGGGAUGACGCUGACUUCACAUGGGAGGUGGUGAAACCCCUUAAGUGGGACAAGGUCCAAGCUUGAUUAAGGUUUCUUCAUAUGAAUUUCCAUGGUAAUUGAAAUGUUGUAUUGAAUUUGCUUCUGCUAUUGAAAGCAGGAGCUUUGCCUAUUCGCUCUUUACAAUGUGUGUUCUUUUUAUUUGUCAUCCCAUCUCACCUCUUAUUUCGGAAGAUAAUGUUAAUUUGUUCUACGGGGAUCAAUGGAUAUCAUAAACAAAGAUAAAACACAUGAAGAAGUGUUUAGUUUUGCUGCAA